AUGGAAGGUCAACCUGAAGGAAUCCCUUCGACUCAGCCUGUGCAGGAAGGUGAACAUAUACAUCGAUCGUCCACAGCCAGUACCCUGCAUCACAACCAGUUUAAAGAUGGAUUUCUCUCAAGAUUGCAUUCGUUCUUUCAGCGUGACAGUCACAUAGGCCAUGUCGGCCGUCACCCUUUGCGCGAUAGCAAGGACAUCGAGAUACAUACCUGGAAUGGCCCAGAUGAUCCGGAUAACCCUUCAAUCCUGACAGGCCUGCCAGCUGGAUCCUACGGUGCCGGUAACGAUUACAUGGGAGAGCGUUUCCAUGUCCAAAAUGUGCCAUUUCCAAAUCUUGCGUGGGCGACGACCUCUUGGAAUAUGGGUGCCGCCUUCUGGCCGAUGAUCUUCGUACCAUUGACUGAAUCAUCGGGGCGUAUGCCUGGGUAUUUUGUUGCAUAUGUGAUUCUAGUUAUAUCACUUUUUCCUUCGGCCUUUGCGAAGAAUUUUGCCACGCUAGUCGUUACUCGAUUCUUUGGCGGUGGUGCGUCUUCGGUAUCCAUCAACAUUGUUGGUGGUAGCAUCAGUGAUGUCUGGUAUGGUGACAAAGCUCGGAGUUUGCCCAUGUCUCUAUUUGGAUUCACCAGUGUCGUUGGAAUUGCUUUGGGUCCAUUUAUUGGAUCGGCAAUUCUACAAAUUCAUAGAAGCAGCCCAUGGAGAUGGAUCUUCAUCAUUCAGAUCAUUUACAACGCAGGAUUGAUACCAGUCUUCUGGUUGAUUCUUCGCGAGACACGUGCAGAUGUGAUUUUAAAGAAACGUGCUAAGAAGCUCCGCUUCGAGACUGGUCGCCCUAUUUACGCUGAAGCCGAUUUGGACACCACCAGUGUCUUGAAGCUUAUUCAGAUUUCAUUCGAGCGCCCAACUCGCAUGCUCCUCACUGAACCUGUGGUCAUUUUCUUUACCCUAUGGGUCAGCUUCGCAUGGGGAAUUCUGUUCCUCUUCUUCUCGAGUGUCGCCCAGACCUUUACUGCAAACUAUGGCUGGAGCACAUUCCAGACCGGUCUAGUUCAGCUGGCUAUAUCGGUCGGAGCUGUGAUUGGCACGGUUUUGAACCCUAUCCAAGAUUGGAUCUACUUCAGGUCUGCCCGUCGUAAUCGUGAGCGUCCGGGUAAGGCUAUCCCAGAAGCGCGGCUGUAUACUUCUAUCCCAGGCAGUCUCUUGUUUGCGGGUGGCCUCUUCUGGUACGGCUGGGCUAGUGUCGGGGACGGUUCUGUCCAUUGGAUUGUGCCAGCGCUAGGAAUUGGCUGUACUGGCGUGGGAAUCUACUCUAUCUACAUGGCUGUGGUCAAUUACUUGACUGAUGCGUACGAGAAAUACGCUGCUUCGGCAUUGUCGGCUGCUUCAUUGGGCCGCAAUACCUUUGGCGCUUUCCUGCCUCUUGCGUCUUAUCAGCUCUUCGAGAACCUGGGCUAUGGAUGGGCUGGCUCAUUGCUUGGCUUUAUCGGACUUGCCCUAUCAAUUGUCCCUGUUGUGCUCGUGCUCAAAGGGCCAGACAUUCGUCGGAGAAGUCCGUUCAUGCGUGAGGCCAUGUUUGACCCUGGUAACGACAGUGAAAAGGAUCAGUCCUCCGAAAGCACACCUUUGUGA